AAUGGGCUGAUAGCUUCCAGUCUCCAACUCCAAGCAAAUACCAGAACUGGAGAAGAAAAUUCCAGUGGAAUCUGACACCAAUGAACAAAAGAACUGCAUCACCUCCAAAGGAAAUGUCUCUUCUUUCUUCACUGUCUUCUCCUUCGUCCUCCCUGCCAUCUUCUUCAGCCAGCGUCCCUGGGAAUACUCCAGGUGAUUCCUCCCCACCUCAGGUGACAGCUUACCACCCCCCCUCACAGGUCUCAAGAGGUCAUUUCAGUCCUUCUACUUCAAUCUUUCUGAGGCGAGCCAGAGCCCAAGGAGCACCCCAGGAAAUCCCCCUGUAUCUGCCUCACAGCCCGGUGCUGGAGCGGGCAGAAUACUGUCUGGUGAGCCCUGCUGGAGAUAGCCUCCCAAGCCCCACAGAGAUGGCUUCUGAUGGGUGCCAGGAAUCGGGGACCCCUCUUGGGGAUGUCAGAAGCAUGCACAGAGACCCACACCCCAUUGUGAGGAAGGACAGGUGCUUGGCAGGCCAACAGCUAUCUCCCAGGGCUGCAGAGGACCCAGGACAAGGGGAUAUGCAACCCAGGAGGCAAGAGGAUGGCAGGUCUGAGCUGGCAGAAGAGAAGAAGUUGGGCUUAAAGAAGUUGGUCCUCACUCAAGAGCAGAAGACCAUGUUGCUGGAUUGGAAUGACUCGAUCCCCGAGAGGGUACGCCUCAAAGCGGGGGAGCGACUUUCCCAGAAGAGUGCUGACAGUGCUACAGCAGGCCGGGUGCUGAAACCAGUCCUCCCCUUGCUGCUCCCUCAGGCAGCGAGAAAGACACCACCAGCCCCGAGGGAGGCUCAGGAGGAGAUGGGGAUGCCUGCUGAACGGGUUCCAGGAGAGCGAAGUGAGGAUCCACCCAAGUCCCCCCUGCGGCUCAUAGCAAAUGCCAUCCGAAGGUCCCUGGAGCCUCUCCUGCCCACCUCUGAAGGUGGGAAGAAGCCAUGGGCCAAGCCAGAAUCAAAACCUUUGCCCACCAGCCAGCCACAUGCCUUCAGUCGCUCAGUCAGCCUUCGGAAAACCAGUUCCAAUAAAGACUGGGACCAGCGGUCCCCAGGGAGAAACAUGGCAAGCAGAGCCUCAGCCUUCUUCUCCCUGGGCACCCUGGCUGCCAAGCCUGCCCUGUCCUCAGACCUUAGCCCUCCAGACCCUGCCCUCCGCACCCAUAGUUUGCCCAAUCAGCCAUGCAAGAUGUUUCCUGCACUUGGGUCCUCAGCCUGCAGCAAGAUGGAAGAUGUUCCCACACUCCUGGAGAAAGUGAGUUUGCAAGAGACCUUCCCAGAUGCUUCCAGGGGUCCAAAGAAAAGAACCUCACUGUUUUCCUCCCUCAAACUCAAAGACAAAGACAAAUCUUUUGAGAGUUUCCUCCAAGAAACCAGACAAAGAAAGGACCUCAGGGACCUCUUUAGCAGCCCCAAGGGGAAGGUGCUGCCCGGGGACAGUGCCCAGCCCCUGGAGAAGCCGGAGCAGCCUUUCAAAAGCACCUUCCUAGGGCAGGUGGCCUGUCCUCCCUUUCCAGCGGGAGAUGCAGGCUCCAUGCACAUCCCUGUCCGAGCACAGGUGACAGAGGCUGCUUCUUCUACCACCUCCUCUUCAGAUGAAGAAUUUGACCCCCAGCUUUCCUUGCAGUCAAAGGAGAAAAAGACACUUAGAAGAAGGAGGAAACUGGAAAAAGCAACAAAGCAAUUGGUUAAGCAAGAAGAACUGAAGAGACUUUAUAAGGCUCAGGCCAUCCAGAGGCAGCUGGAGGAGGUGGAGGAGCGGCAGAGGGCUUCCGAGAUCCAGGGCGUGAAGCUAGAGAAGGCGUUGCGAGGAGAAGCAGAUUCAGGCACACAGGAUGAAGCACAGCUUUUACAGGAAUGGUUUAAGCUGGUUCUGGAGAAGAAUAAAUUAAUGCGAUAUGAGUCGGAGCUACUGAUCAUGGCCCAAGAACUAGAACUAGAAGAUCACCAAAGCAGACUGGAGCAGAAAUUAAGAGAAAAAAUGCUCAAGGCGGAGAGCCAGAAAGAUGCGGACGAUCUAAAUGAGGAACAAGAAAUAUUCACCGAGAUGAUGCAAGUGAUUGAGCAAAGGGACAAACUGGUAGAUUCCUUAGAGGAACAACGCGUCAAAGAGAAGGCCGAAGACCAGCACUUUGAAAGCUUCCUGUCCUCCAGGGGCUGUCGGCUGAGCAGGACCUGAGCAGGCCCGCAGUCCCUGUGCCUCAAGGCAAGCCGGACCGGACCAGGCCAAGCAUACAUUCUCACAAGUCCUUUUGCAGGAUUUAUCAUGCCUGGAACUUAAUUUAUAUCCUACUGCAUUUUUUAAAAAAUUAAUAUUCUCUCAUGCA